GACAUAAGGAGGGUUUAUAUUGUCUCAACACCAACAACAACAACCACACUUCUUACCUCUUCUUCCUCUUCUUCUUCUUCUUCUUCGUGCGUUUUCCAUAAUUUCUUCUGUUUUUGGCUAUGGAGCAUCGAAAAUCGUCAAAGCUUUUAGAUGAUUCUUCAUUCGAAUUCACACUAGCUGAGAUUGUGGAGAUGGAUAAUAUCUUGAAGGAUUCUAGAGAUCAAACACUUGGUCAAGAGUUCUUCCAAGAUGUCGCGCUUCAUUUCAGUUGCUCUCCGUGGCGCGCUGCAAAAUCUCCCGUCACUACGGAACAUGUGCAUGCCUGGUUUGAGAAUCGGAGAAAGGAAUUGCGAGCUAGUUCUAAGAAAGCUCGGCCUCCACCUCCGCCUCCGUCUGAACCUCCACCUCCGCCUCCGUCUGAACUUCCACCUCUACCUACGCCAUCGUCUCCCCCUCCGUCUCCACCACCGAAACUCUUGCUUUAUCAUUCGGAGAGUGAUUUUUUAACUCACGCGCCUUCAUCUGGACCACCUGAAUUCAAAGGCAAGGCAACUGAUCUUUCAGAGUUAGCAUUUGAGGCAUUUUCAUCAAGAGACCAUGCCUGGUAUGACGUAGCUUCCUUCCUCACUUACCGAGUUAAUUGCCAUGGAGAACUAGACGCUCGAGUUCGAUAUGCUGGUUUCAGAAAGGAUGAGGAUGAGUGGGUUAAUGUUGGAAGAGGAGUGCGUGAUCGGUCUAUACCUUUGGAAUCUUCCGAGUGUUACAGAGUGAAAGUUGGAGAUCUUGUGUUAUGUUUCCAGGAAAGACAAGAUCAUGCCCUCUACUUCGAUGCACAUGUUGUGGAAAUUCAGAGGAGGUUACAUGAUAUUAGUGGUUGUCGAUGCAUAUUUGUAGUACGCUAUGAGCAUGAUCGCCAUGAGGAAAAAGUGCAUAUAGGGAGAUUAUGCUGCAGGCCUUCCGCGUUCAACUCGGACCAAAUUUAACUAACCCGUUCUUCAUCCUCAAAAAGUACAUUUGGAAGGUCAAUGGUUACUUGGAAUUUGCUGAAAACUAUCAGUAAUGUAUGUUAUGUUCUCAUCUAGCAAAAGAAGUGUAGCCUGGGGGGCACUUAAAAGUGAAGGAACAAGAUGGCCCCAACUUUACUAAAAAAAUGAAAUGGAAAGUGCUUUCAGUUGCUUUGUAUUAUCUUUUUGUUAGGGAGGAGGAGAGAUUUGAAAACAAAGUUUGUAAGGCUUAAAUUAUCAUUGACCGAUAAUGAUUUUGCAUAUUUUUCUAUAAAUGGCAAUAAUUCACAAA